AUGAAUGGAUCAUCAACAAGUAAUGGUCCAACAACAAAUGAACAAUCAAUUGGAAAAUUUCAAGUAAUUAAUCUUGACAAAUUACCAGUAAAUACUGUUAAUAAUCAUGACGAUACUAUUCAACAAGUAUCAUCAAUACCUGAUGAAUCAGGAUGUCCAUCACGUUUUCAAAUGAUUCGUGUUGAUAGAAAUUUUGGACGUGGUCGAUGGAAAGUUAAUGAUUAUGAACCACCUGAAAAUAUUUCAACUUCAAUAAUUCCAUCAACAAAUACAAUCGAAAAUGAUUCCAUUAAUAUUCCUAAUAAUUCAACAUUUACAACAGCAACAAUUCCUAAUAUAUCAGCUACUAUACCAACAGUUAUUACUGGAGAUUCCAAUGUAGCUUCAUCUGCUACACUUGCUGCAACAGCUGCUUCGGCUGCUGCUGCAGCUGCAACUGCGUUUCAACAACAACAACAACAAAUGGCACUUCAAAAUGCAUCGACUCUAGUACCAUCAGCCAAUGUUCCACCUCCAGCUGGACUUCUUCAUGCAUAUCCACCUGGACCAUUACCUAAUCAACCUUAUCUUUUACCAAAUCAUCAUCCUCAAUUUGGUUAUUAUCCAUUCUAUCCAACACCUUAUCCACCAUAUGCAACUUCAUGGGCUGCUGCUGCUGCUGCAUUGAAUCCUUUUUUACAGCCUCCAACAUUAGCAGCAGCAGCACCACAACCAACAACAUCUUCAUUACCAACUACAGCAAAUAUCAAUGAUCCUAUUCGACUUUCAGAUACAGUUUCGGAUAUUAAUGGUGAAAAUACAGUGAUAUCUUCUGCAAACUUUCCAAAUCCAACAAAUGAUCAUAUACAAAAUGCUCAAUUAGCUGCUGCUGUUGCUGCUGCUGCACCAUUUCUAUAUGCAACUCAUCCUUCUCAUUCACCAUUUGUUCCACAAGCAUCAUCAACAACAUCACCUUAUGCAACUAUACCAUCGUAUAAUUCUGUACCACCACUUCCAACAAUUAUUCCACGAAAUCAAGCAUCACAAACAUUUCCAACGUCACAUACUAUUUCAAAUAAUAUAAAUGAUACACAAUCAUCAUAUCAAGCACCUAUAUUGACAUCACCAAAACAUGACACAACAAAAAAUCUCAUUCAGCAAUCAUCAUUAAUCUCAACAACAAAACCAAAACCUUUAGCUACAACAGUUGUUAAUUGUAUUAAUAAUGAAUUAUCAAAACCAACACAAGUUACAGAUUUAAUAUCAUCAUCACCACUUAUAACAACAUCGGAAACAAUUCCACAAUCAUUAAUUUCACCUAUAAAUAUUAAUGUAACAAAUCCAUCAACAACAUCAUUAAGGGAUAUAUGGACAUAUACAACAAAUGGUUCACCAUUAAAUUUAACUCAAACAGCACAAACAGCAGCUGUUACAGCUGCAGCUGCAAUUGGUUUAUUAAAUAAUGAAAAUAGUCAAAAUACUGAAAUAGCUAAUGAAAUUCUUAAAGAAUUAACAACACCAACAAAACAAAAUAAUACAACUGAUAUUGAUAACAAGAUUUCGGCUGCUAUGGAUCUUGUUAAAAUGCAUUUGCUAUCAGCUGUUCGUGAUGAAGUAACUGAAUUACGACAACAAAUUCGAAUACUUAAUGAAAGAAUAAAUAAUGCUGAACAUGAAAAUACAUUUCUUCGUCAACAUGUACCCAGUGAAAUAUAUGCUCAGUAUGUUCCGACAUUUAUCGGUUUAUCUUCUUCAAAUGAACCCAGCAAUUCAUCAACAAUUAAUACUACUAGUGCAUCUUCAAUUCCUCUACAAUUAUCUAGUCAACCGGUAUUAAUGAAUUCUUUAUCAUCUAAUCCAUUGUCAUCAUUUCAACAACCAACUUCUUUGCCUACGAAUCUACAGCAACCUCUUUCAACUACGAACGUUCCGUCAACGUGA